UUUGUAUCCAUUCAGGAGCUCGCCGCCGUGAAGAGCGUCUUGACCGCGCGCGCGACAGGCGAAGACGGACGUGGAUUCAGUGCCACACGCGAGGAGAACGGGGACGAUAUUUUCUAUACGGACAAAAGAAAACACUGUUGUUGGAUUUAACACACGGUUAGAAUCACAAGGACUGAAACGGGACAAAAGGGGGACAUCGGUCGAACGGCGGCGCCGCUUGUGAGCGUCAUUGAUAAAUACAGAGAGAGAGUCGCAUGAAUGAACCGCGUGAGGGGCAUCAAGUAGCAGCAGCGAUCGAAACCGCUUCUGGCUGCGCGCAUUUUAAUUAGAGCCAGUGGGACUGCCGAUGGUCUGGGAAGGCUGAUUUUUUUAUUUAUUUUUUUUUCUGAUUAUUAUUAUUUGUUGACCUGCACGGAGUGAUUUUGUGGCACGCGACUGACUGACUACUGUGUGUCACCUCACCUGCGCGCGAGGCGGACAGUGUCUUCCGAUGGUCACACACUGACUGACUGACUGACUGACUCACUGACUGAUCGCGCCUGGCGUCCCAGUUUCUCCCCACUGAUGCUAGAUCGGUUCAAACCCGUGCAUCUGGAUUCUGCAAUGGCGAUCAGCAAGACGGCCGAGUGGCUCAAGGAGCAGCUGGAGGCGCGCGGCGACGGCCUGCUGGUGAUGGACUGCCGCGCUCGCGAGCUCUACGAGUCCUCGCACGUGGAGACGGCCAUCAACGUAGCCAUCCCGAGCCUCAUGCUCCGGCGCCUCAAGAAGGGCAACCUGCCCAUAAAGUCUCUCUUGGCCAACGGAGAGGACCGGGAGCGGUUCGCGCGGAGGUGCCGGACGGACACGGUGGUGCUUUACGACGAGUACAGCCACGGGUGGAACGAGAACGUCGACGGGGGUUCGGUGCUCGGAUUGCUGCUCCGGAGGAUGAAGGACGAGGGAUGUCAGGCAUUCUACUUGGAGGGAGGCUUCAGCAAAUUCCAAGCGGAGUUCCCGGCGCUUUGCGAGACCAAUCUGGACAGCUCCUCCACCAGCAGCUCCCCCACGGCCCAGGUGCUCGGCCUGGGGGGGCUGCGCAUCAGCUCCGAUUCCUCGGACAUUGAGUCGGACGUGGACCCCAGCAGUGCCACGGACUCAGACGGUAGCCCCCUGUCCAACCCGCACCCCUCCUUCCCCGUGGAGAUCCUGCCCCACCUGUACUUGGGCUGCGCCAAGGACUCCACGAACCUGGACAUUCUGGAGGAGUACGGCAUCAAGUACAUCCUGAACGUUACCCCGAACUUGCCCAACCUUUUCGAGAACGCGGGGGAGUUCAAAUACAAGCAGAUCCCAAUAUCCGACCACUGGAGCCAGAACCUGUCCCAAUUCUUCCCAGAGGCCAUCGGCUUCAUUGAUGAGGCCCGCAGCAAAAAAUGUGGUGUUUUGGUCCACUGCCUGGCGGGCAUCAGCAGAUCUGUCACGGUCACAGUGGCCUACCUGAUGCAGAAGCUCAACCUCUCCAUGAAUGAUGCCUACGAUAUUGUCAAGAUGAAGAAGUCCAACAUCUCGCCCAACUUCAAUUUUAUGGGCCAGCUCCUGGACUUUGAGAGGACCCUGGGCAUCAACAGCCCCUGCGACAACCACAUUGCCCCUCCCAGCUCACAGCCCCUCUAUUUUACCACCCCGACUAACCACAACGUCUUCCAGUUGGAUGCCCUUGAGUCCACGUGAGAUCCCACACUGAAUCAAACCUGGAAGCAGUGGUUUAUAAAAUGAUCUUUUAUUUCAUCAGCUGUCAAGCAGUCUUGAUGUGAUUGACACACUUGGCUCGUGGCUGACAGCUGCUGGGCAUGGUUGCUGAGGGACAAGUGGUCUCCCUGUAGUGGACAGCAGCUGUUGAGAGGGCAGAGUAGAGACCUUUCCUCUUUUCUGACCUCCUGAAUUUUAAUUGUCCAAAUGUGGGAAGAGACAAGGAAAAAUAUUUGUGGUUCUAUGUAACAUAGUUGAGUAGGAGAUUGAGGGUGCCAAAGAGACUAGUUGGUCAAAUUGACAAUGUUUAUUUUUUCUUCCUAGCACUUGCGCCUAUAGACUUGUUGAACUUUGGUGUGCAUUUGUCUUGUCUUCAGUGAAGACUUGCCUGUUUGGGGAUGGGACACCCCAAGUUAAAAGGGCACUGUAUCUGUUACUCCAUGAUAUUUCAAUGGAGUGGUCUGACACAUUUAUAUAUGUGUAUAUAUAAAUAAUAUUAUUGAGAAACGUACAAGCCUUGCUAUAGCUGGAGUAGACCCUCUGAAAAUGAUUGGGUAUUGAAUAUUUUUAUUCUGUCUGCUUUAUGUAAACAUACAUUCUGAAUAUUGAUCAAUAUUGUUUAAUAAGCAAACACGUUUUACUAUAUUUGAGAGGUGUAAACAUGUGCUAUAUUUUGACAUUAAUGUAUGAAUUCAUGCCUUCUUGCAACCACCCAAAUGUUGAUCGGUUAUUUCUUUGUAUGCCUUAGAUUUUGUACAUAAACAGAUAUUUUUCCCCUUAAAUGUAAUCAUAAAAUGUGCUCCUGCUUUUUGUGAGACAGCUUUGUGAAAUGACCAGAAAUGUUUUGUUGCAUUUGUGCCCAAAGCCAAAAAGUGAUGUCUUGACGUGAGGUUAGAUGGUACACACGUUACGAGAGACACGUGAGAAUGCUACACUCGGAGAAACCGAACAAAUUAUGGAUCUGGGACCUGGGAAGAGUCCACUCCAACACAUUUUCCCAAGGACCUCUGAACGUAUACUGUUACACUCAUGUAAGAGUGGUUUCUUUUGUGUUUUCUGCAGGGUUGGUAAAGCGAGGGACAUUUACAAAGUUAUAACAUGCUGCUUUAGUCGUCACAGAAAUGAAGUGCGAAGGAAAGUGUUUAGAUGUUUUGUUCUAGAGGUGAUGGCCCUCAUGAGCUGUUUACCCUACCCCACUUUGCUACAGUUGCAAACUAUUGCAUCAAAAUGGUGUGGACAUGGAAUUCAUC